GUUUUCGUUCCCACUUUCAUCACAAGAUUUGCUUCUUCCCUGUUAUUGCUCUCUCUCUCUCUCUCUAGAACUUCAUGGAUCUUACAAACACGACAGAUAAUGAAGACCUAAAGGAUGCCAAAGAUGAAGUUAAAUCCAGCCUUCCACCUAUUACAAACCUCAAACGGUGGCAAUGGUGGUUGUUGGUGUUCCUUAACAUCGGUUUCCUCCUAAUUGGUCAAGGUGUCGCGGUUCUUCUUUUAAGGUCUUACUAUGAAAAAGGCGGUCAUUGUAAUUGGGCAGCCACUCUUGCUCAAAACGCAGGAUUCCCGUUCCUUUUUAUACCCUUCAUUCUUUUUCCUUCAAUUAAGGAACCCUCAACUAAAUGUCCUAGGAUCGUCCUCAUGUUAAUCUAUGUUGGUCUUGGUGCCCUUUUCGCGUGUGGUAAUUUAAUGCAUUCUGUGGGACUAGAAUACUUAUCGACCUCUACUUACUCAUGCAUUUGUGCGACUCAAUUAGUGUUCAGCGCGGUUUUCUCAUUUUUUAUAAAUUCCCAAAAAUGUACAAUCUUGAUUUUGAACUCCAUCAUAGUUCUUACAUUAUCCGCCAUUCUAGUUGGUGUUAGUGGCCACCCGGCUAAACAAGUGAGUCAGGCCAAGUACACUCUCGGGUUCGUGGCUACAAUUGGUGCAUCGGCUCUUUAUGCUCUUUUACUUUCACUCACACAACUUUCUUUCCAAAAGAUCAUCAAGAAAGAAACUUUCGCGGUGGUUCUUGAGUUGCAAAUUUGCACUUCAAUCGUUGCAUCGUGUGUUUCGCUCGCGGGUCUUUUCGCUAGCGGUGAAUGGCGGUUGUUGGAAGGUGAAGUGAUGAAUUUUCAUGAUGGGAGCUUGUCCUAUGCCAUGACUCUAAUUUUGACUGCUAUCGCGUGGCAGAUAUGUUCGGUUGGGGCUGUGGGUUUGAUCUUUGUGGUGUCGUCUUUGUUUUCAAAUGUGGUUAGCACUCUCGCAUUGUGUCUUUCGCCUUUGGCUGCUGCCAUCGCGUUUGAUCAUUCAUUGAAAGGUGCCAAGAUCGUGGCGGUUCUUAUGGGGAUUUGGGGGUUUACAACCUAUGUUUACCAAAGCUGUCUUGAUGAUCACGAGGCAAAGAACAAACACACGGACGAUAAACCACCAGAGUGUUCUUGUUGAUUUGUGUGUUUUCGUAUAGAAUUUUAGUAAUUUUGUCCAGAUGACAUCGAAUAUUUAGGCAUGUUGUCAUACGGUUUAUGAUCAUAGAACACAUCGUGUAUAGCGUUUAUGAUGCAAUUCUUUUAAGCAAAUAAAGUUUAUUCAGUUUUUAACUUUUAUGUUUCAUACAAAUACAC